AUGAUUUUGGCUUUAGCAAUUGCAAUCCCUGUUGAAAUCUUUAUGAUUGUUGCGUUUAGCAUUGAUAGAACUAAAGCUCCACAAUGGUCAGCAGCUGCAGUGGCUCUUGGAGUUGCCAUUCUCGUUGGAUCUAUUGUUGGAAUUGUGAUGCUAAGCUAUGACUUCUGCCAUAAAUGGAGUGGGUUAGCUUCUUAUGGGGAAUCUUAA